AUGGGCUUCGGCACGAGCGUCUCAUCCCUUCUCGAGACCUACGAUAACUGCAUAUCGCUUCUGAAAGCUUUUAAACGGCGGGACAAGCAAGAUGGCAGCCGCAAGGCCGCAAAGUCAAGCGACCAGCAAGCGUUGCUGAAACGUUCACUGAAGACAGACCGCAAGAGAGUCGAGCGGGCCUAUUCAUCUCGGAUAUCUGAGUCUGGAGAUCGAUUCGAGAAAGGCGACAGCAAGGCGCUCUCCGCCCUGGGCCGGGUCAUCCAGAAGCUCAAUGCGGCUAUCGCCAACCUGAUACGGACGGCCAGCAAGAGCCAUGGUCCAGGCUUAGACUAUCAGUCUCUGAUGUCGUUGUCCAACACGUCCCGGUUACAGGCUAUCAAGACUUUUGACCAGCUCUCGCGCCGGCUGGACAGCAAGUCGUCGCGGAGCUCGGUUGCCUCAACCGCAUCUUCGAAAUCGUCGCGGACGUCGAAGUCCUACAGCAGCAAAGCUUCGAAAUCAACGAGCUCGUCCAAGUCGAGCGGCGCCUCUAAAUCCAGUGACAGCGGGAGGAAGCAUAAGAAGACCAAGACGUCAAGGAAACACGGUCAACCCGAUCGUAAGGAAACGAGGAGAAGAGGCACAGAGCGGGUGGGAGAGAGGCCAUUGCGCCUGGAGAUGAGCAUCGCGACACCGCUACUGGACUCAAUGGACCACAGCUUCGAGCACAGCGCCAGAAGCUCUCUCAGGCGACGGCCCAGUUUCGCGAAUCGGUUCUCGCUUAUAUCGAUGUCCUCGGACAGCACGAGGCUGGGGGAGAUCCCAGAGAGGAAGUGGGCGCAUCGUCGACACGACAAUCCAGUCGGUGGCUUGGACGAGUACAAUACCCCGGUCAUGUAUCCAGUUCGACCGUACCAGCCGCAGGUCAAGGAGAGGAGGUUCUUGGGGCUUUUCAGGCGCGGGCCAACCUCGAGCGAGUAUUGA